GGCGCACAUUUCCUCUGCGCUUCCAUUUCCUCUCUAUAAAAGAACCCCUUUCUUGACCACAUUUUCUCUCUUCAAGUUUCGUGAGAUCUUUUGGGAUCGCCAUUCUCGUUCGAUUUCUUGCUUCUCGUUGGCGACGUGAGUUGCAGCAGAGCAAGAUGUCGCUGAGGCCGAGCGAGAGGGCGGAGGUACGCCGGAACAAGUACAAGGUCGCUGUCGACGCUGAGGAAGGGCGGCGCCGCAGGGAGGACAACAUGGUUGAAAUACGAAAGAAUCGUCGGGAGGAAAGCCUACAGAAGAAGCGACGGGAGGGGAUGAUGGCUCAGUCGUUUCCUCAGCCGGUCCACACCUCUCCGGUGGAGCAGAAGUUAGAAAAUCUUCCGGUGUUGGUCGCAGGUGCUCAUUCUGAUGACACUUCUAUGCAAUUGGAAGCAGUUACGAACUUUCGUAAAUUACUCUCAAUAGAAAGAAGCCCUCCAAUCGAGGAGGUGAUACAAUCUGGGGUAGUUCCUCGAUUUGUUGAAUUCCUCACGAGGGAUGAUUAUCCUCAACUUCAGUUUGAAGCUGCUUGGGCUCUCACCAAUAUUGCGUCUGGAACUUCUGAUAACACAAGGGUUGUAAUAGAUAGUGGAGCAGUCCAGAUAUUUGUUAAACUUCUCAGUUCCCUGAGUGAAGAUGUCCGUGAGCAGGCGGUAUGGGCCUUGGGGAAUGUAGCUGGUGAUUCUCCGAAAUACAGAGAUUUUGUCCUUGCCAAUGGAGCGCUAUUUCCUCUCCUGCAACAGCUGAACGAGCGUGCAAAACUCUCCAUGUUAAGGAACGCCACAUGGACUCUUUCUAAUUUCUGCAGAGGGAAGCCACAACCAGAUUUUGAAAUGGUUAAGUCUGCUCUUCCGGUCCUUGAGCGAUUAAUUCAUUCCAAUGAUGAGGAAGUGCUCACAGAUGCAUGCUGGGCGUUGUCUUAUUUGUCUGAUGGCAGCAAUGAGAAAAUACAAGCUGUACUUGAGGCUGGUGUCUGUCCUCGUCUUGUAGAACUACUACUCCAUCCAUCACCUUCUGUGCUUAUUCCAGCCCUUCGCACUGUGGGUAACAUUGUGACGGGAGAUGAUCUGCAGACACAGUAUGUGAUUAAUCAUAAUGCUCUUCCCUGCCUCCUCAACCUCUUGACUGGCAAUCACAAAAAGAGCAUAAAAAAGGAAGCUUGUUGGACCAUAUCAAACAUCACAGCUGGAAACAAGGAACAAAUACAGGUUGUCAUAUCUGCUGGUAUCAUUGGUCCCCUUGUGAAUAUAAUGCGAACUGCAGAGUUUGAUAUCAAGAAAGAGGCAGCGUGGGCCAUUUCUAAUGCCACUUCGGGUGGUACACAAGAGCAGAUAAAGUACUUGGUUAGUCAGGGCUGUAUCCAGCCCUUAUGUGACCUACUCGUGUGCCCAGAUCCAAGAAUCGUCACUGUUUGCCUGGAAGGGCUUGAAAAUAUCUUGAAGGUUGGCGAAGUGGAGAAGAACUUGGGUGCUAGUGGCGAUGUCAAUUUAUAUGCUCAGAUGAUUGACGAAGAGGGCUUGGAGAAGAUUGAAAAUCUUCAGAGCCAUGAUAAUACUGAAAUUUACGAGAAAGCUGUGAAUAUUCUUGAAACUUAUUGGUUAGAGGAGGAAGAAGCAGCAAUGCCUACAGCUGAUGCUGCUCAAACUGGAUUCCAUUUCGGGAACAACGACCAAAAUGGAGGUCCUCAUGGAGGCUUCAACUUCAGUUAAACAAUGGUGGUAUUCUAUGGAGGUGCAGGGAUCGUGUCUCAGUAGCUGGAGAUGGUUCCAGUUCAGAGUCCUCAUCGGGCAAGUUGCGUCAGGGGUCAAGGUUUGAGGUUGAGGUCGAGGUUGGGUCAGUCGAGUCCAGUCCAGUCUGUUAAAGUGGGACCAAUAGAGUAAGGCCUUUAACGAAAGAUGACACUAUGUUGCACAAUCAAAUGAUCACAUGGCUUAAGCUUAAUGCAACCCAAUGGAAAGGAGUUCUUGUGAUGAAUUAGUUUAGGGCCUGGAUGCCUUGUUUUUGCCUCAGAGUAUGAGCAUUUCCAAGGUCUCAGUUGAAUUUGUUACUGGUUAAGAGUCAUUCUCUCAUUGAUGGCAGGUCAUGUUUUAUGGCCUUCUCCAGUCAUGUUAUGGGUGUCAAGAAAGAUUGUACUGAUUAACAUUUGCUAGUCUCUUCAGUUGAUGUUCGUCAGUUGAAAGUUUAUUGCUUUUACAA